AUGUCAGUACAUGCCACACCAAGCCCUUCUGAAGACCCGGAGACCGAGGACCUUGGCGGAACCAGAGAAGUUGUCCGCAAAGUGCCAGAGACUGUGCAGGAGGUUGAUUGGAUAUUCGACCGCACCGCAAAGAACUGGCGGAUCGUCUCACCGGAUGGAAGAACAGUGGCUCCAAACACCAGGUUAGAGGUGGAGCAACCAAUGUCUGGUGUUAUAUACGAGGAGAUGCCCAACGAAACCAGGGGGAGUCUGUAUGUCCAAUUUUCCGAAACCUCGGCGACGCGUACGAAGGCCUGUAGUGGCCCUACUUCAGGCGUCUUUUGCAACGUUGCCCUUUUCGCGAGUACUUGCAUGUCAUCAUCAGUGGCAGUUAAGUUCUCGCUAAUAACGGCUAUCCGAAGCAGCCACUUAACUUCAAAGCCGACUCAGACGUGCUCUCGCUUAAGACGGUGUAAAACAUUCCCCACUGAUACUCGGGAUGUAACUCUCAUGGCGUAGGGCGCGUUUUCUUGUCCUUCAGCCAGCUUAUUCCAGCCGGUUUUCUAAGCUUUCCACAUAGAAUGCAGCAUCCUCUCAACUGGCCUCCAACACCUUUCCUUUCGGGACCGAAUCUGAAGGCCGUAUGGGCUAGGGCCUCCAUACAGCUUUAGCAGCCACUAUAACUCCUCAGCUGGUGGUGAAACGGUUCGAUCCUCCCAUCGGCGGCUGGGCAGUUGGCUGCUGUCCAAGUGUGCGUACAGCCUAAAGAUGAGAGGAGAGACUAGGACGGGUAGGACUCGAAUUAAGCACCGUAGUCUGUUAUGGUGGCCGACAAAUGCUUUGACGACCGCUGUCGCCUCGACAUCCGGUAAAGGAAUGACUUCCGGCCACCAAUUGAAUUGAUCCACAUAGAUGACGUCGGAACAUCUAUUGGACAGAGGUAAAAAGCCUCUGUUGUCUAGGUGGACAUGGUUAAACCUUGCACCGCCACCAGGGAAAGUGUCGAGUGGAGCCUUGUGUUGCUGGGCCCUGCACCGCUUAUAGCCUGCGCCUUCAGGCCCUUGUGUAUUCCUGGCCAGAUGGGAACAUCCGGGACCAGCUUGUCGGUAGCCGGACUCCUAGGGUAAGAGAAGCUGUGUAGGGAGAAGAUCGUGUGACAGAGGGAUAGCGGCACAAAUGAACGGUGGGAGGCGGUGGAGAUAUCACAGACAGUAGUGCCGCCGUCAGUAGUCAGAGGCAGGUCCUGCAGUUUGAAUCCGGAAGCAUCCUUGUCAGAGGGGGAACCAACACGGCGUUGUUUGGGAGCCAUCACGAUGAGUCCGAUCUCGGAAGCGAGUUGGAGGACCUGGACGGCGCGUAAGCCAUUUCAUUCCGUAAUCCGUCGAUAUGGCGGUCAAAGGUGAACUGGGGGAGAUAGCCAGACAGGAGGUGCUGCCGGGGUUUGAGUUUGUCCGAGCGAGACUGGAGAUUGAAGGAAAGGUGCUCGUUAUCCAUGAAGGUGGCGACGCUUUUAUUCUCAGGAAAGUGCCAGAAGUGAUUCAAGGCUAGGCAAGCAGUCGGAAACGCCCGUGCAAAUGUGUUAGAGCACGAUUUGGCAGGUGAUAGCUUCUGGUAAAAGAAAGCUUGGGGUUGGCUUGGACCUGCGGAACGUUGGAGGAAGAACCGCCGGUUGAAGUUAACUUGAAACCUUUACGAUGAACGCUUGGAAGUAGGGGCGAUAACACACGGAUGGCUGAGACCCUAGAAGGGAGAGGAUAUAAACCAGAAGAGUCGACAAGGUGGCCGAUAAAUUUGAGGGGAGGAGCACCCAACAUACGUUUGAACGGGUCAAGAACAACGCCAAAGUUAUGACGAUGGCCAGACAUGAUUGCAAGAUGGUCCAUGUGUUGUUCAGCAGCAAUGCUGGCCCUCAAGAGUUCGUCGGCAUGGACGUAGUGGAAGGACAGACCACGCGGUACUUUGUUUACAAAGCUCUGGAAUUUUUGGGAAGCGUUGAGGAUUCCAAACGAAAGAGAGUGGUGACAACGGUCUCCAAAACGUCCUACUGGGCUAUUAUGAUUUGGCGAACGAUCCGGUUGAGGUCAGCCUUGGAGGAGAUAGACAUGUCGGUCAGGACAUCCGUGAUGACCUGACGAUGCGGGACGGGACAGCUAUCGGGGGUGUUUAUGCUCUUCAACGCAAGUAACCACUGGUAGUCUCGGGAACCAUGUAUAUGGACGAAGUUAAGGGCUCUCCGACUGUCGGGUGUCUAUCUUUUGCAAGUGUCCGAGCUCGGCCUUGGUAACAGCCAAACGUCAAGAGUCAGACGCGGGGUCAAGAAAACACUGGAGGGUCGGUGGGACAAAUUUGACUAACUAUAUCUUGCGGCUGAGUAGGGGUGUUGAAAUUCGGACGGUGCGUUCGGGGUAGUUGGCGAGGCGUUGCUGAAAUGGACUUACCGAGUCGGGGGCCAGAAUGUCAGGAUGGCGGAACGCCUCAGAUAAAGGGAUACUUCGGACGGUGAAGACAGGGAUGCCGACAGUCGACCAGACGACCGGGGGUGUAUGAACUUCUGAACCAAAAACCUACAGCAUACGUCUAUAACGUCAAAGACCUAGGGGAAAGGGCGCCAGGGGAGAAGCAGGAACCAAUGGAAGUGUCUUGGGGUAUUAACUGCUUUUGGGAAGCGGCCGAAGCUGGGACAAUGACAACUGGCUGUUGCUGGGGGAAGAUGACGAUCUGCGUACCACUGUCGAUCAAGAAACCUCUGCUAAUCCGGUGGUUGAAGAUGUAAACAGAGCUACCGGGGCUGCGGUUAUCCGAGCGCAUGACUGCAUCGUCCCCUGGGCGGACUCCUUUCAUUUGCUGGAGCCGUUGGGGGUUGAAAGGGUAGGUGGGAUGCAAUGACGGGUCCUAACACCAAACGUGGUAUGAUACCAGAAGGUGAUGACUGUGAUGGGGUGGGAUGAACUAUGCUAGUCCUGUUGCGUAAACAGCCUUUGUAAGCAGCAGGAUGGAGAACGGACUGUCUGAUGUCAAAGAGAUGCUAAAUCUUGGGUUGCUAUCUUCGACUUCAACUUCGCGGAAAGCUGAGGAAGUUCGAGAUGGAACAAGUGGGAGCUGGAGCUCUCCAUUAACUGGUCGGUCAUCCGAGUGAGUUGGGCAACCGAGAGAGAGAGAGAGAGAGAGAGAGAGAGAGAGACGGACAGACAGACAGACAGACAGACAGAAGCGGAUGGCCGUCCAUUGUCAUAACCUGACGACGUCAAAAUUAGAAAUAAGAGCGACCGGUGUUGGUAACAGGCCACCGAUUUUCGAAAUGUGAAAUCGACAACGAGAAGCUUCCCGAAUUAGAAGUCAGGAAGACAGAGUCGACGGAAUAGUCUGUGCCAAGGUGCCAGGCUAACUUUCCCUUAACUCUCUGGUCAAUUUUCUUUAGCAGCCUGUUUAUUUUGAUGAACAGGCACAACCCUGUAGUAGCUUCCUGCGCAGCGCGGGCGUUGGAUGAUCGGGUCCUUUGAUAUUCGAUCAUUAACUCUUACGACAAUUCUGAAUCUUCUUGUCAUUAAUAGUCAGGGGUUGGCGAUAGCGUCUUUCGCGUUCCCAUUAGCGGUGAGCUUUCGACUUCCAUGCUUAUGCCUUUGAUCUUUUGACUGACAUUUGUCUCUUGUAUCCAGUCCUCUAUCUCUAAUUCUUCCUCAAACGGAUUCAAAAGAUGCAACUCUCUCUUUCACUGGAGUUGUCUUGUCCAUUCCAGACUCCUGGCUGCAUGCGUCAGGACUUUAUCUUUCCUUACUGAGGCUGCUUUUUACUCUUCAAUGGUAACAGGAGGGACAGACAAGUAUUACAAGAUGGUUGGCAGCCUUCCUCCCAUCAACCUUUUCCGAGUUCAAACAUUUUUACGCAACCCUCAGGGGCAGUAGUGAAGCCUCAGAAGGCAAUGCAGGGUUGUAUCCUCGUCCUACCCCAUUUAAUUUCAUGUUCACCGCCAUGCCGAUGGACGCCUACCAAUAGGAGAGGUCAGGAUAAAGCAUUUCUAAUCAAUCCCAUGCUCAGCUAAUCAACAUCCCACGUAUGUGUGCAUCUUCAAGAGUCUCCAGGCCAGUGCCUGCGACCACGUGGGUGACCGUGCGGUAAACGCCAGAAUGGAAGAGGAUAUGCAGCAGAACGUGGAUCUCUACGUCUCCGACUGCCCCACUUUCGGCACGACCCCUAGCACGGAGAAGGAAGUGGUCAGGUAG